UCCCCCUCACAUCCCCCCGGGUCCCGGUUCUCCCCGCGCCACACGAAAGAGUCGUCGGAAAAGCUCGCGGCGGCAGCCAUGGAGGUGAGAAUCCCCCAGCCAAAAGAGAUAGAAGGUCCCGGCGACGCCUCCGUAGCUGGACAGCAGACAGACGCGCCCGCGCCGCCGCUGGUGCCCCGCGACGCCGACGAAGACGUCGCUCCCGUCCCGCUUUCCUCCGGCGAGGAGACGACGUCGUCCGACGAGGGGGAGUUCGAGUUCGAGUUCCCGUUCGUCAGCAGGGACUCCCCCGCCGGCACCGCCGCGCCGGCUGACGAGCUGUUCGCGGACGGGCGGAUCAGGCCGUUCUACCCGGUGUUCGGGCGCGGCGUCGGCGUCGGCGGGUGUGUCCAUGCGGCUGGCAUACAUGACGGCACGUCGCGGUCCGCUCCGGCGGCGGCGCCGCGGGUGAGGGGCCAGCUAGGGCGGCUCUUCCUAGAGGAGACCCGCGCGCGCAACUCGUCGACCAGCUCCACGGAGUCGUCGGCGUCAUCCGCGGCGGCGGACGACGACAGGGACGGCCUGGAGGGCGCGGCGCCGGAGAGCUACUGCGUCUGGAGGCCGGGCUCCGGCUCCUCCGCACCGGCGUCGCCCUCCCCGCGCCGGCCCAGGAAGAGCGGCUCCACGGGGUCCUUGGCGCGCUGGCGCCGCAUCAGCGAUCUCGUCGUGGGCCGCAGCCACAGCGACGGCAAGGAGAAGUACCUCUUCUUCGCCACGCCGAAGCACGAGGCGCCCAACAAGGACAAGCCCAAGACCAAGGCCACUCCGCCGGCCGGCAGGAAGCCCACCCCCAACACCGCAGAGGUCGACAUGGUGAGGGUGACCGCCGCCCACCGGAUAGCCUACCUCGCCAAGAGCGGCGGAACCGGCGGCGGCGGCGGCAGCGCCGUCCCGAGCGGCACGCCGCGCCGCACGUUCUUGCCGUACCGGGAGGAGCUCGUGGGCUUCUUCGCCGACGUGAACGGCGUCAGCCGGAGCCACCACCCACCAGCAUCCGUUCUGACUUCUCGCACGCGGACAAACUAGUCAGUUUCUGCGGAUUCCAAACUUGAACAUUGAGUUUGGGUUUUGGAAUCAUCUCGAUCAGUCAAAAGUUCUACUAGUCUAUGUGUGAUUAGCGCUGGUUAUUGUUAAUGACGGGGUUAGGAAUUGAUCACAGCUGGGAGACUUGGAUGUGAACAGUUGAAUCAGCCGGGAGAAUGGAGAUGAUGGCUUGUGCCCUUUUUCUCU